UCAAAGUACACUUGACCAUUAAUUGAAAGAAAUUCUCCUCAAUCGAGACUUAUCACCAUCACCACCACUACCACCAAUCUAUACAUACCAUCUACAUACACACAACUCCAUCCACCAUGUCUUUCAUCGCCCGCAUCGUCCCUGCUGCUCGCACCGCCUCCGUGGCCCUCAAGCCCACCGCUGCCCCCUCCAUCUCCAUCGGCGCCACUCGUGCUCUCUCCUCCAGCGCCUGCCUGAACAAGGGUCCCGUCGAGACCACCAAGGACACUCUCAAGGCGGCCGACCGCUCCGUCUCCGAUGCCGCCGUGAAGGGUAUUGAAGUUGGAGAAACUGCCGCCGAGAAGCUCAAGAGCUCCAUGGGCGCCGCCUCCGGCCAAGCCCAGGCCAAGUCCGGCGAGCUGCAGGGCGAGGCCGCCGAAUUGGCCGGCAAGGGUCAGGGUAAGGCCGCCGAAUUGGCCGGCAAGGGUCAGGGUAAGGCCGAGGAGGCCAUGGGCCAGGCCAAGGGUGCUGCCAGCCAGGCCAAGGGCAAGACGGAAGAAGUCCUCGAUGAGGCCAAGGGCAAGGCUAAGGAAACUGCUGGUCAGUUUUAGAUGAAGCAUUGCUUAAAUGUUUCUCUCUUCUUCUUGUUUCUUGUUUCUGCUGAAGGGGGUAAAACAACUUCUACCCUACCUAAACUUCAUGGGAUGAUUUGAUGAAGAUAUGUUAGCUUGUUAUUG